UGUGUUUAGCUCAGUAAAACAAAUAAAUAAUUGAUUAAUUAAAAAAAAAACAACAAUGCGACGGUUUUAAUUCGCCUGUAAUAGUUACAGGUCUGCCGUAAAACGCGUUGGAUUUUUUUGUUUUUGUUUUAAGGCGACGUUAUUCAGAGAGCGAUGUUGCCACCGUGACGAGACGAGUUCCUCCGUUCAACAUCCGCAGUUUCGGUUCCCUCACAAAGCGAAGACCACCUCCGAACCCCCCCCUCCUCCUCCCUUCUCUUUGUUUAAGUCCGGUUGACGCGACCGGCUGAACCGCGGGCAGAGUGGCAUGUGGGUCAAUUCCGGAACCGUCGGAAGGGCCCUCUCCAUGGAUAUAGAUACGGACUAUGAGCGGCCCAAUGUGGAAACCAUUAAGUGUGUGGUGGUAGGGGAUAAUGCGGUAGGCAAGACCAGGCUCAUCUGUGCUCGGGCCUGCAAUGCCACCCUCACACAGUACCAGCUGCUUGCCACCCAUGUGCCAACCGUCUGGGCCAUCGACCAGUACCGCGUAUGCCAGGAGGUGUUGGAGCGAUCUCGCGAUGUAGUGGAUGAAGUUAGCGUGUCCUUGAGGUUAUGGGACACCUUUGGGGAUCAUCACAAGGACAGGCGGUUCGCCUAUGGCAGGUCUGAUGUGGUGGUGCUGUGUUUCUCUCUGGCUAACCCCAACUCCCUGCGCCACGUUCGCACCAUGUGGUUCCCAGAAAUCAAGCACUUCUGCCCCCGGACGCCCAUCAUCCUGGUUGGCUGCCAGCUGGAUCUGCGCUACGCUGACCUGGAUGCUGUCAACCGUGCACGACGACCCCUAGCCAAACCCAUCAAACCCACAGAUAUUCUUCCUCCAGAAAGAGGCCACGAGGUUGCAAAGGAGCUUGGGAUUCCCUACUAUGAGACCAGCAUUGUUGCCCAGUUUGGAGUCAAAGACGUCUUUGACAAUGCCAUCCGAGCUGCUCUAAUCUCCCGCCGCCACCUGCAGUUCUGGAAGUCCCACCUAAAGAAGGUCCAGAGACCGCUUCUCCAAGCACCCUUUCUGCCUCCUCGGCCCCCACGCCCCAUAGUAGGCAUCCCAGACCCCCCUCCCACAUGUGGUGAGGGCCCAGACUCUCUCUUCUGCCAUCCGCUGUGUGCAGAUGUUCUCUUCCUCCUGCAGGAUGGUGCUACUCGCGUCUUCGCACACAAAGUGUACCUUGCCACUUCCUGCUCCAAAUUCUACGAUCUCUUCACCCUCGAUCUUGGUGGGUCAUCGUUGGGGCUGCAAGGGGAUGAUCAGGAGAGUGAGGAGCAUUCGGAGAGCGGAGAUGAAGAUGAGCAGUGCAGGCGGGAAGCCAAGGAGCAGGCUGGCCGCACGAAGAGUCUGGACAUUGACAAGGAUGGAACAGAUGGAGGAGUGGCAGGAUUGAACCAACCUCUGCUACUCCAGCAGGGCUCCUUGAGGACUUCUCAAAGUGAUAAUGCCCUUCCCUCUAAGGCCGAGUGCUCCCUGGGAGCAUUUGGAAUGGGUCGCGCCCUUUCUGGGUGGGGAAGGGGCUUCAUGAGUGUGUGCCUGGAGCAUAUUGAUGACCCGAUGACUGGACGGCCGCGACUCAUGACUGUGGUGGCCAUGGAUGAGCUUAUUCAGGAAGAACCAUUCCAGGCAGUGCUGCAGUAUCUAUACACAGGCAGUCUAGACGAGGAGCGAAGGGACCUGAUGCAGGUGGCCACCAUCGCUGAGCUACUUGAGGUGUUUGACCUGCGGAUGAUGGUGGCUAAUAUUCUGAACAGAGAGAGCUUCAUGAACCAGGAGAUCACCAAGGCUUUCCAUGUCCGCAGGGCCAACCGCAUCAAGGAGUGUCUUAAUAAGGGGACCUUUGCUGAUGUGGUGUUCCGAUUGGACGACGGCUACUUUCCGGCCCACAAGCCCUUGCUCAUCUCCAGCUGUGAUUGGAUGGCUGCAAUGUUUCGUGGAUCCUUCAUGGAGAGCUACAUUGAGGAGGUAUCCAUUCCCAACACCAGUAGUGCCUGUAUGCGUGGGGUGCUGGAGUUCCUGUACUGUGGCAUGCUGACACCAUGUGCUGGUUUGGAGCCUAUGGAACUGAUUGUACUGGCCAACCGUCUUUGCUUGCCACGCUUGGUCGCUCUCACAGAGCAGCACGCUGUGGACGAACUGCUCCAGGUGGCAGUGAAAGGGACAGAUAUUGACGGACAGGUGUUGGCUUACCUUGAGGUGGCUCAGUUCCACAAUGCCAAGCAACUGUCGGUCUGGUGUCUCCAUCACAUCUGCACUAAUUACAAUAGCAUCUGCCGCAAGUUUCCCAAAGACAUGAAGGCCAUGUCUCCAGAGAACCAGAGGCACUUUGAGAAGCAGCGUUGGCCUCCGGUGUGGUUCCUGAAAGAGGAGGACCGCUACCUGCGCUCUCAGAAGGAGAGGGAGCGUGAGGAGGAGAUCUUACGCAAGCAGCACACCAAGAGGGGCUGGUGCUUCUGGAGACACUCGUCCUCCUCACCACACGUCUCCUAAACGCUCCCUCCAUCUCUCCCUCGGCUUCUCGGCUCUCGUCCCAGGAUGAUCCCCCUCUUAGACACACAGAGGAGGUUUGCCCUGUACCCUGCCACUAGAGAAUUGACUCUCUGUGCUGCAAUAUCUGAAUGUCGGCGUGCGUGAGAGCGCGCAUGUUUGAGUGUGUUUCUUUAUAUUUGUGUGCGGGUUUUAUCUGCUUGUGUGACUGACGGGGGUUUAAGUGAGUGGUGUGGUUGUGGGCGGUGAGUGUGUGAUUUUGGUGAGUGAGUGGGUAUGUACGUGAUUCUCCAGAUUGAGUGCUUCGCUACUUCCCAGGCGCCGUGAUCCCACCCAGGGCCUCUGGUGUGGCAGUGCAGCCCCCUUGUACCUUCCACAGAAGAUCCAGUCCUUAACAGCAAUGUGUCCCCAAACACUGAGUCAUUGGAUUGGGAGCGAGGGCUCUCUAUCUUUAUCCGUCUUCAUCCUUCUCAUGGAUCUUGUUGACUAUUGCACAGUGACCAGUGCUACUCCCUUGCUGGGACGUUACCUCUGCCUUCACUUCUUUGCUGACGUUAGCUUGCACAUGCAGAGCCAUGUCCAAAAACCAUGAACUGACUUCGACAACAUAAUUAUUGUUUUUUUUUUGUUUUUUUUUUGUAUAAGUAUUGUAUGGGGUAAAUGACACACUACUUCCAGGAUGUGUUGAUGACCCUGAUGUUUGCCAUCACAGCAACAGAGAUGAGACUAUAAAGGGUAGAGACCAGGUAUAGGCGUUGGCCUUAAACGCUCUGCCAACAACAAAUGCAUGUCUCUAACCACGUUUCCUGUCCAUUAAAGACUACCCUAAAGCUGAACGGGGGUUAGAAACCAGGAGAUAUGGGCAUGGCUGUUGGCCUCCAGUAUGGUCUUAAUGGUUCUCAGUAUCCACCCCUUACCCUGCCAGAUGCAUCCAUACACCGUGCAAAGGAGUAACAACAGCAUUCACACACCCAGUCCUGUUUCAUUGACGCUCACUAAACGCUUCAGCAAACCGAACAGGGCUAUCCAGAGCUGAUACCACUGUCACGGAGGAAUGACGGAUGCGGUAUUGAACAGAUGCAUUCUUAAAUGUCCAUGACCACUAGGAUAAGUUGAAGUUCCUCAGCCAGCCUGCCUUUACACCCCUAUACCACUAGGGGCAGCACUGCUCAGGGCCCCCCCUCCCCCCUCCCCCGGCUCCUACCUAAGCAUCAGGAGCUAACAGGAAUUUUUACACUUGUGAUUUCUAUCGUCUAGUUUCCGUAGUGUCACUUUUAAAGGUGCACAGUAGCCUUGUAUCAUCCUAACAAAGUGUUGAGAGAAAGCAGAGUGUUAAAAGUGCAUUUAAACCUCUAACCUGCCUAUACAUUUUUACCUGACACUGAAAACCAAAGUGGUCAUUUUUAUUUCACCUCCAUUUUUCAAAAAAAAAAAUUUUUUUUUUUCUUUCUGCUUCACCUGCUAUCCUAAAAAAGGCAGGAGGAGGUGAGAAGGAGAGAGGGAGGUGGUUUAUGGGAAAGUGAGGCGGCGUAUGACUGGUUAUCUCUCCCCCGUGGUGUUCGGUCUGUUGUCAGGUGAAAAUGAAGUGUCACCGCAAGAUGCUGCCUUCUGUUCCUCUUUCUGGAAUCGAAAAUGGUGCUUAUGACACAAUAAGGUAGUGUCUG